AUAUAAGGAGGCAACGCUGUUCGAAGCGGUACUCACUUUUGGAAAUCCGUCUAGAAAGGAUGCGUGGUAUCUUCACGGAAAUGGGCUUCACUGGAAACAACCUGGUAAAGCUUCUUCUUUACAUCGCCAUAGUCAACGCGAUUUUUCUUCCAACGAUUGUAUGUCAGGAAGAAGAGAACAACAAUCAAUGCAUACCGAAAAAGGACUUCAUCGCACUUUUGCGUCUUCCAGAAGCAAGUUCGAAUUUGGCAGCUUAUUCGCGAACGGCUCGGAUUAUUCAGGAUGCAAAGAAUCGUAACGACAUGGCUCAUUUGAAGGCGCUCAGUACCGAGGAAAACGACGACUCAGAGAUUUGUAUACCGGUUAGUCUCUACUUGGAACUUUUUAGAGAUCCAGCGAUGCGAGCUCAUUUGACGUCGAUCGGUAAAUCGUCCAAAUUACCGGAAUAUCCGUUCGGUCGUUCGUUCGAGGACGUCGAAGAAGAAGAGAAAUUAACCGAAGCGGGAAAACGAAGUCUCGCGACUUUAGCCAAGAACGGUGAUCUGCCAGCUUCUAUUCAGGAACGUGAAAGGCACAGCUCUUGGACCGAUACUAGGUUGGAAGCGUUAUUAAAACGUUUGAUAAAUGAAAACUCUGCACGAAAUGUCGCAGAGAUUCUACGCCAAUAUACACUUAGCAAUGGAGAAUUGGAUAUAGAAUCUUUGUUACGUGAUUAUCCUCAUGCAAAGAGAAACGUCGGUUCAUUGGCUCGAGACUUUGCUUUGCCACCAACAGCUGGUAGAAGAAACAUUGCUUCUUUGGCACGCGAUCACACACUACCAAAUGGAAAAAGGAAUAUCGCUGCUCUCGCAAGGGACCGAGCUUUGCCUUCGCCAGGCAAAAAGAAUAUUGCUGCCUUAGCUAGGACAUAUAUGUUACCACAGUCAGGUAAAAGGGAAUACUUGCCAGAAGAGAUGUCAUCGAUAGAGAGAAGGUACCUGGGUUCUCUGGCUCAAUCGUCUGGAUUUCCUCUUCGUUCUUUGUACGAGGAAGAUAAGAGAAAUGUAGCCUCUUUAGCUAGAAAUUCAGCCUGGCCUGAUUCCAUGAAACGAGCUUAUGCUAUUCCACCCUACGGUAUGAUCCUUCGUACUAUGAACCGUCAAGGACGAUCCUUGAAGGACAAGCCCUUCGAACUUUAUCAACUGGUUCGCGAGAGAUACGACGAUGAAAACUCUGGAUCUCUUGGUGACGAUCAAUUGGACUUUCUGAUGCGAGAUUCGGACGAUAGGAGAACGAAGAGGCAGAUAGAUUUCUCAGACGAGUAUCCUUUGCCCGUCAUGCAGAAUGGGAACGUUCUUGAUUACGAGGAAAUGAUCGAGGCCCUUACCGGACAGUAUCCAAACACGGAGAAGAGAUUCAUGGGAACGGAGUCGACUUCGUUGGAGUUACCAGUGGACACCUCGUUUCCCGUGGGAUAUGUCGAGACGUUUCAACCAAGUAAGAGACAUAUCGGGUCUCUGGCGCGGCAAGGUUUGCUACCAUCGCUCAGGCCGGCACGAUUCUCGCGAUCACCCCGAUAUCUGGUCGACAGGGAGAAUUCCGCAGAUGGGCCCACGUCCAACUACUCCUCCCACCCGACGACUUGGUCGUUAAGGCCCAUUUUUGGUUCUGGCUCUCCCAGAACACGCUUUCUUCAGUCUUUGUGCGGGAAUUGUCACCAUGGCUUCCGAAGAUACGUUCUAUUACCGACGGACGAUAAUUCUCUUCAUCACCGACUGUUUAGAUUGUUUGAAUCGUGCAAGUAGCGAUGGGUAUAAACAAUGUAUUCUUAACGUAGCAGUUGUAAAAUACUUAUUGAAAUUUUGAAGAUUUUUAGUUUUAAGAAAAAACCCUUUCUAUUUUGAUCUUUAAAUUAUUAUAAAAGAAAAUAGUAAAGAUUAAGUUAAUUAAAAUUUUGUUAAAUACCAGCGAUAUAGAUAAAAUUUGAAGCUUGUAAAAGACUGAAUCGACAGACCCAUCGUUACAUGCGGGAUUCAUAAUUACUGGCUCAUUAUCAUCGAUGAUUAAAUUAUCGUCGUAUAAACGUCAACGGAAUCAUACGUAAUCUACGAAGUAUCGAAAAAACGACGAAAAAAUAGAAGAAUACCUUCCGUCGAUGUAUAUAUUUUGUAAACUUAAAAUUUCGUGCUGCUUUAUCUAUGUACGGUAUUUGUUUAUUGAAAUUACGAACAAUUACGAACACUUCUACACUUGCGAUUUUACAGUAGACGAUUUAUUUUUUCUAAAACGAAUUAGAUUAGAACAAACUACUUGUCAACUUCGGUCUUUGUUAUAUCAUUUCAUUAAUUAUGAAAGAAAUGUAAUCUUCGUCGUGAGAGAUACGCGUUAACUGACAAUAAAUAACGACAAUAAUUUUCUUCUCGAUACUUAAAAAUAUUAUAAGCUAAAAUUGUUCAAAUGACUAGAACCGUUCCUAAGACAAUAAGUGUAUCGCUCGAUUGUAACUGCACGCGCUUCUAUUCUUCUUAUUAAUUAUUAUUCUGCGUAAAAGAAAAUUUGCAAAUAUUCAUUUUCUUCUUAAGGAAAACUAUCUCUUUAAACUUCCUAUUUACUCUUUUUUCAAAUCGAUCAUCGUCUUGCUACUAUAGAACGGCUUACGAAGUCUCAACGCAAUCUCCUUGCACGUAGUAAACUUUCACAAUGUAAAACCCAGAUUAGUGAUUACGAUAUGCAUAACGCGAAUUCGUUUCUUCCUUCGUACGUAUUACGCAUAAUUCGACUAUUAUUAAUGAGAUCGUUGUGUAUAAAUGUAUGUGAUGUUGUAUGUAAUAAUUGUAUAAAUAUCAAGAGAGAUGAUGGAAUUUUCGAACAUGAAUAGUUCGCACGUUGAGAAAAUUUUGAGCGAGGCUUUCCACUCGGAAACGUUUUCGACUUAUUGCUGUGGAUGACAUAUAAACGAGUUUACGAUUCUUUGUCAUUACAAUAAUGUAUUAUGUGUUUAAUUAUACUGUAAUGAAUAAACAAUGUGACAAUAAAGUGGUAAUAGUAUUGAAAUAAUCAACAA